AUGGAGCCCGCCGGCCUCGUCAUUGGGGUCGCUGGGCUCGCUGGGCUAUUCAACUCCUGCCUGGAAGCCCUUACUCGAUCAAGGCUGCCAAAACCCGCUUCGAACGAUGGGGCCCGGACGACAACGACACGUCCGCCGGUGGCUAUUUGCGAUGCGAGCAACGCGCCCCAACGCCGUACUCGGGCCACCGGGCCAGACGUCAAUGACUCGUCGGGCUUGCACGAGCCGGGGCUCCCCUUCGCUGCGGCGUCCCGGUCGAGACGAGGGAAGAUGUCCUGGGCACUCUGGGGCAAAAGAGGGCGCGUUGAACAGGUCGAAUUAUUCGAAAAGCUGGUUCAAGAACUGCACAACCUGGUGCCCCCGACUACUGGGGAGAGUACACGACCGACACACAAGCCGGACCCAGGAUGCACCGAUACGCUCGGACAAGGCAUGGACUCUAGAAGAUUGAAACGAGGACUCGAAAAAACUGAAUUGAUAGCUAUAAUAAUGACUAACUAUUAA